AUGGCAACCAUAAAAGAAGAUGAUGUAGAAGUUAUAAUAGAUAUCGUAGACGAACCAGAAAAACCAAAGCGCAAAAGAGGCAUGAGAGACAUCCUCGCUAAGAUGACUCCUGAAGAAUAUGAAACUUACCUUAUUCAACCUGCCAACUUUGAUGUGCCACUUAAGUGUGACAAAUGCUCGGUUACUUUUAUGAACAACGUCGAAAAGGGCCUUCAUUCUAUAAAACACAAUGCAAAAGGAUUGUAUGAAUGCCACGUUUGUGAAGAUUUUGUGCAUCAGAACAGACAAGCAUUUGAUAUCCAUAUCAGGGACCAUGAAGGCAUCAAAAAGUACAAGUGCCCGAUUUGCAACAAACAGUUUACUAUAAUUAGACCUGCAUACGAACACAAGUAUUUACAUAAUAAGGAAAAACCCUUCGAUUGCGACAUUUGCGGGAAGAAAUUCACCACGUCAAUUACAGCAAGGAACCACAAAAACGUGGCUCACUACGAAAUGCUAAAUGGGCAAAAAUUCGACAAAUAUGAUUGUAAGAUAUGCAACAAGCAUUACGAUCAUAACUCCGGGUUGGCGCAUCACAACUUUAGACACCACAAAGAACUAGUCAAACGGAAGCCUGCGCUGUGUGAAGCCUGCGGCAUGGACUUUUCCUGCGUAGGAGAACUUAAGAAACACGCCUUGGUUCAUUCCAAAGAUACACCUUUUGCAUGUGAUCAUUGUCCAAAAAAGUUCGCACGAAUUUGGCGCCUCAGGCAGCACCAAGCGGUACAUACAGGAGAGAAGAAGUAUACUUGUGGCGAUUGUGGAAAGAAGUUUGCCUAUUCAUCUGCGUUUAAGAACCACAAGAGGCUGCAUACCGGGGAGAAACCCCACACUUGUAGGGUGUGUGGUAAAGGCUAUAUUGCUGCUGGGAAUUUGAGGUUUCAUCUUAAUAGCGUUCAUAAAAUACAAGUUAAUGCUAACACAGAAAAGAAUUAA